AGGUGAUAGUGUGAGGAAGAGAGAGGAGAUCAUAAAGGAUACCCUGCAACGAUUUCGUUUUCACGUUUUGGGAAGUCCAAAUGCCUACAUCACAAAGGUAAAUGCUGCACCACAGCCCCCUCUGAAGGGAAUGAGAAGCGUUGUGAUUAUUUGUUGAUGCAGCAGCAGCACGACGCUCCCCUGUCUGUCUCCCUCAAAACGUGAGUAACAAGAUGGGGAAUGGAUUAUCAGACCAGAUCUUCCCCAGCCUUCCUUCCUUCCAGGCCCUCCAUAUUGUCAUCCUGGGUCUGGACUGCGCCGGGAAGACCACUGUCCUCUACCGCCUUCGCUUCAACGAGUUUGUGAACACGGUCCCCACUAAGGGAUUCAACACGGAGAAGAUCAAAGUGUCCCUGAGCGCCGGCGGAAAGUCCUGGCGGAAAGCGGCGUUCCACUUCUGGGACGUGGGCGGUCAGGAGAAGCUCCGCCCCCUGUGGCGCUCGUACACGCGGUGUGCCGACGGCAUCGUGUUCGUGGUGGAUUCCGUCGACACCGAGCGCCUAGAGGAAGCCAAGACUGAGCUCCAUAAGAUCACGAGGUUAGCGGAGAACCAGGGGGUGCCGGUUCUAGUGGUGGCCAACAAGCAGGACCUGAGGAACUCUCUGCCGCUUCACGAGAUGGAGCGCUCGCUGGCGCUAGGGGAGCUGGGUAAUGGAACGCCCUGGCACCUGCAGCCCGCCUGCGCCAUCAUAGGGGAGGGGCUACAGGAAGGUCUGGAGAAGCUCCACGCCAUGAUCAUCAAACGGAAGAAGACGCAGAAAGCUCAACAGAAGAAGAAGAAGAGAUUAUCUGAAUAGUCGCACACACAACCGCCAUCUUGUUGGAGCUACACAAGGACUUAACGUGAGAUAACAAUGGUGGUGGAUGGGGACUCAACUGUUGUGGUGUUAACCAUGAGCAGGGCACGUGGUGUUGACUGUGGCAAGAUGUACUACAGUACCCAUAAUGCUCAGUGUCUCGUGGAGCUCUCAGUGACGGGUCAGCUGCUAGCCUGUCUGUUGGCUGAGUUGUAUGAGUCAUAUGGAAUGGGACUAAGUGUGUUCAGGGCUGUGUCGGGCUGUUGUCACUAUGUCCUCACUGGAACUGAUGGAAUAUAUUUUUUUGCACCAUAGCAUGGACUUUGGAUGGCAAUUGUCCUGGCUGGCACAGCAUCACGGGACAGUGGACACUAAUGUCUCUUUAAAUUAAGUGUUAUGCUAUACCAUGAGUCACACAGGGCUUCUCUGAGACAGAACAAUCAAAACACUGAAGUGUCAGAAGUCAAAUGUACACUUGAAUGUAUUCUGUCUAUACUCUCAAGUGUUACAAAAAUAUGUAGCCUACUGUUCAAUCAGUUUGAAGCAUGAAAACACAAUGAAAUUAUAGGUUUACCAAAGCCUUUGUUGACAAUGAGAUUACAUGUGGAAAACACAAAGGACAAUCAAGUUGCAGACAGGCACUUGUGUUAGUGUGACCUCUGAAAGUUAGUCUUUACAAUCAAAGUCAGUAUUUUGUCUCCAUGUUGCUCAAUGGCAGUCUAGAGGGUCUAGAUAGUUCAGCAUAAGCUCGAUGAUUCACUGAGAAGAGAAUACACAGAUGGAUGUUUUUAAACAUUAGUGUAACAAAAUUUUAGAGUUUCAUCAGGGAUAAAUGAUAAGAAUCUACAGCAGUUAGGCUAUUUAAUGUGACUAUCAUUUGGGUUAGGUGGGAGGUGGGGGUAAACACAGCUGUUAGUGUCAGGCAGGAUGGUUGUCUUGUGUAAUUCUGUUGAUUGAUAGGCUGUUGGAUCAGCAUACUCUGAAUAUUCCUUCCUGACUUGGCUAGCUGUCUGAUCUGGACCCUGUACUCCAAAAGUGUCAGGCUUCUGUCAGAUCCAGGCCUAGUACCUGCCUAAGACUUUGGGUGCGUUCCAGAGUGUAGAUCCAGCCCUACUUCAUUAUCUACCUAAAACUUUGGGUGCGUUCCAGAUACACUCAUUCUACUUAGGUCCUUGCAGUUUAUAGGAUCGUUAUCAUGUUGAUGUGGUUCCUGAGACAUUAAAUAGUUAUCCAGAUGAUAUAAAGAUAAUCUGAUCUCAGACCUGUGCAGAGUUUGUGUACCUGGAACGCACCCAUGGACUUCCAUGUUGAUAGAGACAGUCAAAUAAAUGCACUUUAUUGGUCCGUUUUCUGACCUUAGAACUUCCAUCAUCAGAUUUUUGUUUGAGGUUUAUUAUGAUACUUAAAGAAGUGAAAUAUUGAUAUUGCUUCGAAGGAAGCGUUAAAUAAAAAUAAAUUUAAAAAAUGUUACGCUGUUACCACAUUGGAAUGUCAGUUAUGUCCCCCUGUUUACUCUCUGUGUGUGAGGGGGAGGGGCGCUCAUAUUUAUGUUUGUUUGUAUAAAUGUGUUCACCUUGAAUAAAGCAACAAUUAAACACUAA